GUUCUGUGGGGGGGCAGAACCUGCACUUGUUCCCAGUGGGGAGAUAGGGGGGAGCCAGAGCACUGCCUGCUCUGCCCCAACCCCGAUAUACUACACCCUCUAACAGGAAGGGGGUGUGUGUGCACAUGCAAGGGUCUGUAUUUGCACAUAAGCCUAUACACUCUGGCAUAUAAUAAGUUGAACUCCUUAUUGAGACAUCUCACUGCCUGUGCCCUUGUUCUGGGAAUGCCCCACAGAAUUGCCGCUCCUGACAAAUGGGCAAUGGAGAGGCAUUCAGCCACGUGGCAUUGCAUGCACAAUGACUCACAGGUGCAAUGAAGGUAGUGGGGGAGCCCCAAAGGGCUUGAAGCACAAGGCCAGGCAAGUUGCCCUCGCCAGCAGCCAGAAGCACCUAGCACCAGUGCUAGGGCCCAGGGCAGGGCCCAAGGAGCCUGAAGGGAUAGUGGUGAAGGUGGGGGCAGGGGGGAAGUGACACACAAAAAGCCCAGCACACCCCACCUGGCACAGCCCAACCUGACAGAAAUCCUGCCCUGCUCUAGUUUCCACUCUCCUCUGAGUGGGCAGCAGCCCUUCCCAGGCCUGGGUCAUCACUGGUUGAGGCAGCAGGAACCGCAGGUGUGCAGGGCAGGCAGCAGCUAUGGGAGGGGCAGGAGCUGCAGGUGUGUGGGAGCUGUAGGGGGAGGAGGUGGAUUCAUCUUUCUCUGCCGCACUGUGCCAGUUUAGCAGAGGGCUCCAUUUCCCUGUUCAGUCUUCCCCGCCCCUGCUCCUGCCCCUGCCAGGCUAUAAGCCCCCCCCACAGCAGGUAGUGUCUGUCACAAGCUGAACACAGAUCCUUGUUGCUCUGGACCAGACGGACAGGUGAGUCCUUGCCCUUACUCCCUGCCCCUGCCCCAGGUGCUGGGUCCUUUGGGGGUGCCUCUUCCUGUGAUAGGGCAAGACCAGUUCUGAGUCUCCUCAACCAUGAAUCAGUCUUUCUGCCCCGCUUCCCCACAGCACUGCACCUAGCACCAUGACCCUAUGGACUGGUGCAUCCUCUCUGUAGGCUUUGCCAGAGAGGAGAGGAACCCUGAGGCUGCAGGUGACAAGGUCCUUGGAACCAGCCAAGGAAAUGGGCCCUGCAGCUCCCUGCUCCCAGGGGUUGGGUGGGGCUGGUGGAUGGGCUGAGCAGGGCCAGGUGCUGGAGCAGAUAGUCCCAGGUCUGCAGUUCUUCUCUCAGUGAAACAGCCUGAGAGGGAAGGACUGGUCCAGGGGGCUUGCAGCCCCUCUCCCCUCGUUUGUUUUCUCCCAGGGUAAGGAGAUGGGGACCACGGCCCGCCUUUGCUUCUGCCUCCUCGGCUGCCUGGCUUUGAGCCCCUGGCUGGAAGGCGCCGCGCCAGAGGUGGAGUCCUGCCCCCGGGGCUGGCUCUUCUACCGCGGCAACUGCUACGGACUCUUUCUCCAGCCGCUGCCCUGGGCAGAGGCGGAGGCGGAGUGCCGCAGUUACGGCCCCGGGACGCACCUGGCCUGGGUGCGGAGCGCGGUGGAGAGCGGAAUGCUGGCCAUCCACGUCUCGCAACGGAUGCCCGCGGGUGGUGUCUGGAUCGGGCUCCACCGCCCGCCGCAGGGAGGAGGCUGGACGUGGACGGGAGACACUGGCUUCAGCUUCAGCUCCUGGGAGCCGGGGGAGCCGGGCCGCUCGCGGCCGGGAGCGGGGAAACUCUGUGCGCUGAUGUGGAGCGGCACCGGUGAGCUGCGCGGCCGGGCCGGGGCGAGACUGGCUCAGAGCCGGGGACCCGUGCGCUCCCGGGCGGGUACGGGCUGCGAGCAGGUGUAGAGGGCGAAGCCAGCUGCAGGGCAGAGCCGCGCGGCCGGGGCGAGUGGAGUGGGAAGGACAGGACCGGCUCCGGCCGCGGAGCUAACGCCCUUGUUCCCGCAGCGUUCCUGAAGUGGAAGGCAGAGCACUGCGCGGCCGAGAGCGCCUUUCUGUGCCAGUGCCGGCAGCCGC